AUGUCCGGGCCGCGCACCCCAGUGGAGCCCCGGGAGUCCGGGGAGCGCCGGCCGCUGCUGGAGCGCAGGCCGCGGGAGCCCCGACGGUGGUGGCGGGCGGCGGCGGCCGCGGUGCUGCUCGUGGAGAUGCUGGAGCGCGCCGCCUUCUUCGGCGUCGCGGGCAACCUGGUGCUCUACCUGAACAGCGCCGACUUCCACUGGGCGGGCGAGCAGGCGUCCCGCGCCGCGCUGGUCUUCCUGGGCGCCUCCUACCUGCUGGCGCCCGUGGGCGGCUGGCUGGCCGACGUAUACCUGGGCCGCCACCGCGCCAUCGCGCUCAGCCUCCUGCUCUACCUGGCCGCCUCCGGCCUGCUGGCCGCCACCGCCUUCCCCGACGGCCGCAGGUCCUUCUGUGGCGAGAUGCUCUCCCUGCCGCUGGGGCCCGCCUGCCCCUCGCACGGCUGCCUGCACACCUCGCCCACCCCCUACUGCGCCCCCACCCUCUACGCGGUGUUGCUGCUGCUCGCCCUGGCCGCCAGCUCCGUCAGGAGCAACCUCACCUCUUUCGGUGCCGACCAGGUGAUGGACCUUGGCCGCCACGCCAGCCGCCGCUUCUUCAACUGGUUUUAUUGGAGCAUUAAUGUGGGUGCAGUGCUGUCGUUGCUGGUGCUGGCCUUUGUCCAACAGAACAUCAACUUCCUGCUGGGCUACAGCAUCAUCGUGGGCUGUGUGGGCCUGGCCUUCUUCAUCUUCCUCUUCGCCACCCCCAGCUUCAUUACCAAGCCCCCCACGGGCAGCCAGGUGUCCUCCAUGCUCAGACUUGCUCUCCAGAACUGCUGUCCCAGGCGGUGGCGCCGACACUCUGCCAGAGACCCUCCAGGCGCCCAGCUGCUGCCUCAUCAGAGGUCUCCCCGGGCUGGCCCUUCCCCCCAAGAGGACAUCGCCAACUUCCAGGUGCUGGUGAAGAUCUUGCCCAUCAUGGUGACCUUGGUGCCCUACUGGAUGGUAUACUUCCAGAUGCAGUCCACCUAUGUCCUGCAAGGUCUUCACCUCCAAAUCCCGGACAUCUUCCCAGACUACCCUGCCAACAGAUCCGCGGCUCUGAGGGCCCAGGGCAGUGGCUACAAGAUCCCAGAAGCCUGGCUCCUCCUGGCCAACGUCGUGGUGUUGCUGAUCCUGGUGCCUGUGAAGGACCACCUGCUCGAUCCUUUACUGCUGCGCUGCAAGCUGCUUCCCUCGGCUCUGCAGAAGAUGGCGCUGGGCAUGUUCUUUGGUUUCACCUCGGUCAUUGUGGCAGGAGUCCUGGAGAUGGAGCGUUUAGAGUACAUCAGUCACAACCAGACGGUGUCCCAGCAGAUUGGGCAGAACACAUAUUAUGCAGCACCACUGUCCAUCUGGUGGCAGACCCCUCAGUACCUGCUCAUCGGGAUCAGUGAGAUUUUUGCCAGCAUCCCAGGCCUGGAGUUUGCGUACUCAGAGGCCCCACGUUCCAUGCAGGGCGCCAUGAUGGGCAUCUUCUUCUGCCUGUCUGGGGUGGGCUCGCUGUUAGGCUCCAGCCUGGUGGCACUACUGUCACUGCCGGGGGGCUGGCUGCACUGCCCGGAGGAUUCUGGGAACAUCAACAAAUGCCGGAUGGACCUCUAUUUCUUCCUGCUGGCCGGCAUUCAGGCUGCCACAGCCUUGCUGUAUAUCGGGAUCGCUGGUCGCUAUGAGAGGGUGGCCCAGGGCCCAGCCUCCCAAAGCUGUCCCAGGAGGGACAGUGGCUGAACACGGCCCCCACUCCCCGCUUGCCUCUCCCCCACAGACAGCCGCAGGCCCAGCUGGGGUUUCCUUCUCAGUUUAUUCUGUGCCCAACAUUAGGAUGAAAUGGUUCUCAUAAAUACGGGCCAUGAGCCCUUCCUCAUGACCAUGGUCCAUGACAAGGGGCAGGGCAGAGGGGGCCUGGGUGGGAGUCCUUGCGAGGGGCCAGGCAGGGGACUCGCAUCAACAAGCACCAGAGGAUGAGCAGGAGGCUGCCCAGGCGAGAGGCCGACGGCGCCGGGCCAGGCAGGCCGGGGAGGGUCAGGAGCUGCCCCGGAUCCGCUCCAUGUAGCUGCGCAGCUCCUCGGGGUCCUUCAGCCCCAUGUCCUCACACACCCAACGGAUGUCCUCCUCGCCUGCCACCAGGAUGGACUGCACGGCAGGGGCCCCCCCGGGCUCCUCGGGCAGCUGGGCUGGGGGUGCUGGCGCAAACGUCACAAACUCUACUCGCUUCCGCCGCCCCCCCGCUUCCUUCCUGGCCAGGGUGCUCGAGGAGCUGGGGGUGCCCCCGGCAGAGGCCUGGGCCAGGGUCAGGGCCUCCCCUCCUCCCCCACUCUCGCAGGGGCAGCCCCCCUCCCCCUUGGGCAGGCCAGGGGACUGCCGAUCCAGCUGGCGGCUCAGGUCCUCCUGGUCAGUGCCCAGCCAGACCCAGUUGUGGGGCUGGGGGGCGGCAGGGGCGGCAGCACUGUCGGGGGGCUCCUUGCGCUGGUAGCGCAGCAUGAAGACUACACCGUUGACCAGGAAGAUGAGGAUGGCCAGACAGAAGAUGCCCAGCAGGGCGUACAUGCCCAGCUCUAGUUCGGUGACCCGCUGCGGGGCGGGGACCAUCUCCUCGUCUUCUUCCGCCUCCUCCCUAGCUUCUGCCUUCUCCUUCCCGGCCUCCUCUGCUGCCUGCUCAAACUUGCGCCUCACAUCCCCGCCGCCCCCCACACUGCCUGCCGCCCGCCGUUCUCCACCCACGCUGGCCUCUGGGGCAGCUGAGCUCUGAGCGGGGCUGGAUGGGAGGGCAGGGGCUGGGGUGGGAGCGGGGGACAGCCCUAGCCAGGCGGUACCAGAGGCCAGGGACACACGGUGGCGGCCCCGGCGGCAGGGCUCAGGCGGGUGCAGAGCCACAUGCAGGGGCAGCCCCUUGACGCCCGCCCCACUCACCACCACCCCGAGUUGGGCACCCCGCUCAUAGGCUGGCAGCACAGCGCCGGGCUCCUCGGCCGAGACGGACAGUCCCAGGUCACGGUGGUUGUAGAGCUCAGCGGGGGCCAGGGUGUGGUCAGAGAAGGACAGCCAUAGGGAGAGGGCCACCUCCUGUCGGGCACACAGACACAGGCAAAGACACGCCAGGGCACGCACGCAUGCACACAGAGACCACUCCCACAGAGACAGGCCACACGGAGGAGGAGAGACCAGAGAGAAAACAGACACAGGCAGAGGGACAAAACACAGGGAGAGAGGGGACAUGCGUCAAUCACCUGUCUUCCACUCAGCCCUGGGGUCUGAGUCAUCGGGAGGGUCCUCAGUUAGAGCCAUCUAAUAACCUCCCACUGCCACACUCCAGCCAGUCACUGCUUGAUCACCUCCAGCCGCAGAGAGCUCACUACCUUACAGGGAGUCAGUCCUCAUCCCGAAAACCCUAAGGUGAAGGGUGGAGGUACCUCCCAUCCCCCUGUUAUCAACCCCCAGCUGGAGAUGUUGACCUCAUCCCCCUGACCCCCCAGCUGUCACCUGCUUUGGGGCAGGAAGGGCUGACUGUGCCCAGCACGUGGCUGUGACCUCCCCGGGGUGGGCAGUGCCCCGGCUUAGGGCAAGUGAGAUGCCCAUCACUGGCUGCACCCGCAGCUCCAGCACCGAGACCUUGUCAUCCGUCACGGCCAGCACCUGCUCCCCCAGGAUGGAGUCAGACAGCGGGGAGCGCACCUGAGGGUGAGAGGGAGUUGGAAGUGUGUGGGGGGGGCCCUCGUACACAGACAGCCUCUGCCCUCUGAGAACCCAGCACCCUUACAAAGGGAUCUGGUUUGUGCUCCCAGCAUCUGCACAGGCUGCUUUCCCACCCGUAGCACCUCAAGACCUGGCUCCCACAUACCCAACCCCAGCCCUUCAUACUUUGAGGACUUCCUCCGUUACACAUUCUGACCCAAUCCCCAACCCCCCUGGGUUCAUACCUCCCCAGGUACACCCUGGGCCUUCCGACACUCUUCACACCUGACCAUUAACAUUAGGGGAGUCACCUACACCCUUUUCAGGCCGUCUGCUCACCUCGAUGGAGGUGACGCCGGGCUCCCGGCCCACCAGGACGCGGCCUCCCUCCAGCGAGGCGACACUCGGGUCCUGCACGCGGGCGUGCGGCGCCACGAGGUGGGACACGUCCAGCAGCCAGUCCGGGCCGAGCAGGUGGGUGAGGCGGCGGCCGCCGUCCAGCGGGUGGGCCGCGAAAGGGACGAGGAAGCGCACGCCGGCGCGCUGGUACUGCAGGCGGCAGCCGCGGACGCGCCGCUCGGCCUCCUCCGCCCCUGCCGCCUCGGGCUCCAGCACCCUGCGGGGAGCGGCGGCCCGGGGGCGGGGCGUCAGCGCGGGCCCCGCCCAAGGGAGGCCCCCGGCUCCUAGUGGGCGCACGUUCCCCAAGCCCCGCUCGCAGCUGCACCUUCGUGGCCAGGUCCUUCCACCCGCAGGCGCCGCGCCCCAGUCCCAUUCCUGACUGGUGCCUUUGCCUAUGCAUCGAGCCGGUCUCGCCCUCCUCUUACUGCUAAUUGGAACUCUGGUUAUGCGUGACGAGACCCUCUCUUAAGGGGGAGACCCACGGUGCUCGCUCUCUGGAGGGCCUGGGAGCUCAGAUUCCAGAGGCCUGAGGCCACCUCGUCCUUGCGCUCUGGUGGGAUCCCCUCAAUAUUUACUAAGUGCCAUCUUAGGCUUUGAGGACACAGCAGGCAACAAAAUAGACAAAAUCCCCUCCUUACAUGCUAGGGGAGGAGUGUGGAGGGUAGUCAGACCACAAACAAGAUUAAUCAGAUCACGUGGUAUGUUAGAAAGUGAUACGUACUAUAGAGAAGUAAGGCAGGGAAGGAGGAGAGGAGUGGAGGUCGGCAAUCACAAACAGCGGUCGGAAGCUGGGUGAUGAUGGGCGGGCAGGGGGAGAAGCAACCGCAGGCAAUGGGGCAGUUUUUCAGACCCCAGCUCGGGCUUAUGGCUGUGUCCCCUGCACCCUCAGUCCCAGAGCGACUUCACCAAGGCCUGCCAGCUUCCCCAGGGCUCCACCUACCCUUCCGCUGGGCCAGGUACCCUCCAGCCUCGGACCUGCUCGAGGGUGGUGUCGGUGAGUUCGAUGUGCAGGGGCAGCAGCGGGGCCCACACGGUCAGCCGCAGCGAGGCCCGCAGCCGGCGCCACCAGAAGUCCACCCGCACCCCCCGAGCACCCCGGCUCUCCUUGCCAGCCACAAACACAGUGUCACAGGCCUCGGACACCUGUGGGAGGGCAGAAGACAGGGGGUGGGCGCAGCCACCCGGGACAGGUAUGGACCGGGGGGCAUCUCUUGACCCCCAUACCAUAAGAAAGGGGUACGGUUGAAAUUUAUUCUGUAUUUUUCUGUAAUGCGUGUCCUCGGAUUAAGAUUUCCCCACGCGGCCAAGAUGCGUUCCCCUGGCAGGAACGGCCCUUCCCCGAGUUCACCUGGGGCUCAGCUGGGGGAACUGGCUAUCUGCACAGGACAAAAUCCUUCUCCCGGCAGAGGAGGGUUUGAAUCCACAACUCUGGCUCCUCAUCAGUGCUGGCCCCUGGCUUGGGUGCCGGAGCCACCAGGUACGAGUGGGUAGGCAGAGGCUGAGGGCAAGGCAGACCUAUCCGUCCGUGAACCCUCAGGUAGGAACCACUUACACAGAGGCAAAGUGCUGGUACAGGUAGCCAAAGACACCUCCACUCAGGCGGCCAGAAUCUAGGAAAUGCAGGCCCUGGGCUGCCCCUCUGAGGGGAAUUCAAAAUGGGGAAUGUUGCCCUGCCUUUUUUUUAACCUCAUGGGUCAUUAUGAGGCUCCAAUAAUAAUAGUUGUCUUUACUUUUACCAUUCGAUAAUGAUUAUAUUGUAUUAUGAUUAUGACAGCAGCCCCUGCUCUCCGCUGGAUACUGUCUUAGAGUGCUUUUAAUUCUUACAACAUCCCUAAAAUAGAUUCCCAUUUUAAAGCUUAGGAAACGGAGGCUCAGAGAGGUUGAGACUUGUCCACAAUCACACAGCUAGCUGAUAAACAAAGAUGGGUUUCAAAUGAAAACUUUCCCACCGUAAAGUACAUGCUCUUAACUCUCCCACGUCAGUUCAUUUGCCAGUGCAGUAAGAACGUGAAAGUGCCUAAGUUGGGGGUUUGGGGGUUGCACAGCUCCCACUUGACUCUGGAGAGAGUUGGUGGGACCAAAGCUGUGGUCCCCCUCAUGAGGUUACUGGUGUCAAGAAAAAGCUGUUCUCUUGGGGACCUGCGUGGGGAAGGAGGAACGCUGUGUGCGCCACGUGUACACAAACGCAUACGUGCCACUCACCUGCAGGACCUGUGUGUUGGCUGACUCGCAGCCGAUGUGCUCUGUCACCUCCACCAGAGCUCCGCCACUGUCCACGGUGACAAGGCGCACAGGGACGUGCCGCGGCACUCCAGUCAACGGCGCCGUGUUCACCAGCUCCUCAGCCUGGGGGUGCAGGAGGAGCUCAGCCCCAAGCUCUUCACCUCACUUGGCCCCCAACCUGGCUGGGAAGAGCUGGGGACCCCUUACCUUGGCCAGUGGGACGAGGGCUCUUAUGUCCCGCUCCGACACCAGGAUCUCCCACACCAUUUUGUCCUUCUCCGCUUCGGGGGCCUGGCCUGGGUACUCCAGCUGCCAUGUGACAGGGCGAGUGACUGCCACGCCCCCACUAGUGCCAUUCUCCACCAAAAAGUCCACCCACAGGAACUCGGACAGUUCAAGGGGGCUGCUGGCCAGAAGAGAGAGAAUCUGAGUGCUUGAGAGCAGCCAGGCACUGUUGUGAGCACUUCCUGUAUUCAUGAGGUAGGUCCUACGAUUAUCCCCAUUUUACAGAUGAGGAAACUGAGGUCUGGAGGUUAUGUAACUCGCCCAAGGUCACACAGCAAAAAGUGGAAGGGCUGGGAUUAAACCCAAGCAUCCUGGCUCCAGAGCCCAAGUUCUUAUCCACUCAAGAUCCAUGAAGCCACUUUACCAACCCCUAGAACGCUCGCUGGCUCUCCUGCCUUCCUGGGCCCCCCGCACUCAGGCCUCUGUCUUCCACAGCCGUUGGGGUGGCAUGAAGCAUCAAUGUCAAUGUCUACCAAGUAGGAAGAUUCACUUCCCGGUCCCAGAACUGCCACUUGACACCCUGAAUAAUAAAUUACCUCACGGAA